UUAAAUUCAUGCAUGAUUUGACUAAGCAGCACUCUUUGACCUACGGGUUUAACACAUGUUUCUCCUUCAGCUUAAUCGCUGAGCCUUUUGCAACCGUCUCUAAACAUUAUGGGAUUGAUUCUUCUGAUACCUCGGGUCUAACUGCACCAUCUUGAUUCCUCAUUACAACGGUCAAUUGUCUACAGCAAAUUGCUGCCUUUCUGAUUAGCCGUGAACACGUCUGGAGAUGAGGAUGGGACACACUUUGCUCUGCAGGCUGGUCUUCUUCUUGUUCUGCAUCCUCCGCUGUAGCUAUGCUGAAGUUUCUAAACCGACUGUGACCUUUCAACCCUACGGGCCUGUUGUGUACAAGGGAGAGAAAAUCAGUCUCAGCUGUCUGGUCCAAGAAGGUGGAGGAACUCAGUGGACAUAUGAAUGGACUGAGGACAUGAAAUCAGCCAACUGGAACUCUUCAUCAUCCAGUGAAUACUACAUCUACAAUGUCUCUGGAUCUGACCGUGGAAAAUACAGAUGUAGGGCAGCAGGAGACCAUCAGCUAACAGAAUGGAGUGAUGCCUACAGACUGACAGUAAUAACAGAUAAACCUAGAGCCUCACUGACAGCAGAGAGAACAACCAUACCAGCAGGGAGCAGUGUAGCUCUGACCUGCUCUGUGGACAGAUCUACUGGCUGGAAGUUUGAUUGGUUCAGACAGGAGUCAGAGUCUUCUACAGCUCAGCCAAUAAGAACCAAUGAACCAGGUGGAGUCCUCUUCAUCUCAGAGGAAGGUGUUUACAGCUGCAGAGGAAGAAGAGGAGAUCCAGUUUUCUCCACCGAAACCAGCAAGAACUUCAUCGUUUAUAAGACUGUGUUCAAGCCGACUGUGACCCUGCAACCCAACGGGCCUGUUGUAUACAGAGGAGAAAACAUCACUCUGAGAUGUGAGAUCCAGGGAGGUGGAGGAGCUCAGUGGAUGUAUGAAUGGAGCUCACCCCACAGAAACCCUCCAACAUCCAGUGAAUUCAGGAUCAUCAGAGUCUCUGAGUCUGAUAGUGGAAACUACUGGUGUAUCCCUAGAGGAAAUUAUCUGAAAACAUACUGGAGUGAUGUCUUCAUCUUGACAGUGAGAUCAGAUAAACCCAGAGCCUCAAUGACAGCAGAGGAAACAAUCAUACCAGCAGGGGGCAGUGUAGCUCUGAGCUGCUCUGUGUUCAGAUCUACUGACUGGAAGUUUGAUUGGUUCAGACAGGAGUCAGAGUCUUCUACAGCUCAGCCAAUAAGAACCAAUGAACCAGGUGGAGUCCUCUUCAUCUCAGAGGGAGGUGUUUACAGCUGCAGAGGAGGAAGAGGAGAUCCAGUUUUCUACACUGAAACCAGCAAUAAAGUCUCCAUUCAGAAAACUGUUCCUAUUAAACCCAGUGUGAUCCAACAACCCAGCUGGUCUCAGAUAUUCAGAGGAGAGAGAGUCACUCUGAGAUGUGAGAUCCAGGGAGGUGGAGGAGCUCAGUGGACGUAUGAAUGGAAACCAACCAACAGAAACCUUCUAACAUCCAAUGAAAACAAGAUCACAACAGCUGACAGUAGAGUCUAUCGCUGCAGAGGAAGAGGAGACAUAUUUACUUCAACAGAGUGGGGAGUCCUCAGGUUAACUGUAUCCACAGAUAAACCUCAGCCUGUCCUCUCUGUGUCUCCAUCAUGGCUGAGUCCUGGAGCCUCAGUGACUCUGAGCUGUGGAGGGUUGGAGCAUCCGUCUGCAGGAUGGAGGUUCUUCUGGUAUAAAAUGAUUGCUAAAAUAUCCAGCAGCUCCUACAGCUUUGAGCUGCUGUCUGGUAGCUCCAACGGGACUGAACAGAACUCCUACAUCGUUCAUGGACCGACUCACACAGCUGGAUAUGUUUGCAGAGCAGGAAGAGGAGAACCAGCGUUUUACACUGAAUACAGUGAAGCAAAGUUUGUCUGGUCUCAAGACUCUCAUCCAGCAGCUUCUCUCUCAGUGAAUCCCGACAGAGUUCAACAUUUUAUUGAUCAGUCUGUCACACUGAGCUGUAGCGGGAACAAUACCAUGUGGAGAGUGAGGAGGUUUACAGAAACAGCCAGCCCAUCAUACAUUCAGUGCUCCAACUGGGGAACAUUGUCUGGAUCCUCAUGUACCAUAAACCAACUCGGGUAUCACAGUGGAGUGUACUGGUGUGAGUCUGGAUCAGGAGAUUUCAGCAACGCUGUCAACAUCACUGUACAGGAUGAUUAUUCUGCUCCUAUCCUGGUGAGCCCCGUCCAUCCUGUGACUGAGGGAGAUCCUGUUACUCUGAGCUGCAGAGAUAAAAAACUAAAACUACUCUCCAAUGUGUUUUUCUAUCACAAUAACAAACUCCUCCACAAUGACAGAAGAGAGGAGCUGAACAUCUCUGCAGUGUCAAAGUCAGAUGAAGGUUUCUACAAGUGUAAACAUUCAGGAAAGGAGUCACUACAGAGCUGGAUGUCAGUUAGAGUAACUGUGUCCAGUCCUGUCAGCUCUUCAUUUUCUGUGCUCUGGAUCAUUGGACCAGUUAGUGGAAUAAUUCUCAUUAUUCUCCUGCUCUUGUUGUGGCGCUACAGACAGUCCGAAGAUUUGUGCUUUCUCAGAUCAGAAAGAACCAAUCAGAGGUCCAUCACAAAACAUGAAGCAGAGACUGAAAUUAAUGAAUCUAGCUCUCCUCUCCAGGGUGAUGCUCUCUAUGCAUCAGUCGAGCAUUCUACAGCCACUGGAACGGCUGAACCCACAGAAAUAACAUAUUCCAUCAUAAAUAUCAAAAAGCUCAGAAAAAAUAGGAGACCUUGUGAACCAGAGCAGGUUAUUUACUCUGAAGUGAAACCAAGAGCUGCAGGUGGAGUCAGUCCGAACCAUGAACUCACUCCAUUGUAUGCUGAAAUCAAACAUGAGAAUAAAGUCAAGAAAAAAAAACAAAGUGAAGUCGAGCCCUGCAGCGACAGAUGAAUCAGUUUAUUCUGAAAUGAAACCAGGAACAGCUCUGGAUAACCAAUCUGCCUUGUAGGUUUAGUCUAUAUUAUUGUACAUGAGUUACAUCGUGAAACCAUUUAGUGAGCUAUUGUGUUUGUUAUCCUAAUUGGAUAAAAAACAUAAUUAUCCAAUUUAUAUGCUUCAUGUAGGAUAAACAUAGUCUUUAAGCACAAGGCAUAAGCUUUCCAUGUUUCCAUAGUGGGUCACGGGGGAACUGGUGCCUAUCUCCAGCAGUCUAUGGAGGAGAGGCAGGGUAGACCCUGGACAGGUCAUCGAUUGAUCAUCGUAGGGCAACACACAGGACAAACAACCAU